AUGGAGACCUCUCGCCGCCAGAGAGGCCCCAUCGCGGAUCGCUUCCUGGGCCUCUUCGCUGCAUCCCCGCGGUCCACCAUCCACGCCGUGGGGGAUGAGCUCCACGAGGACGACGAUGCCUUCUGGUUUGGUUCGGAAUCCAGCCACCUUGACCCAAUCCGCACCACCUCCCUUGGACCCGCGCCUCCCACCUCCGUGGUCACCGACGAGGGACCUCGCCUCGUCUACCGCCGGAGUUACGGCAUCCUAGACGCUCUAUCGGACGAUGACAAGAAGCCGCACGCUUUCAUCUACAGGAGGGUUACCUUCGUUGCGUCCCCACCCGCCGCGCGCGCGGAGUCGUCCCCGGUGCUUUCCGCCCGGAUGAUACCCGUGAUGUCCAAGCCGAAAUUGGAUUACUCAAGGUCGAUGCCCGCCGGGAAGAUCUACCAGCAGUCAGCGCCAGUCAAUGUGCCUGCGAUGUCGACGUCGGUGGCGCCCAAGCUGAAGAAAUGGUGGGAGGAGCUCGACAUGGAGGGAGGCGACGGCGACCGGGAUGGGCACGAGAUGCUUCCACCGCACGAGAUUGUGGCGAGGGCUUCCGGGAACAGGUCGCCCAUGUUCACCUUCUCCGUGCUAGAGGGCGCUGGGAGGACGCUCAAAGGGAGGGAUCUGCGCCGAGUUCGCAAUGCUGUGCUCGAGAAGACAGGUGGAGAGAUUGCUGGUGACACUGAUAUGUUUGAUGACUUUGUUAAAGAAAUGCUUUCUUAUUUGUAA